AUGCUGAAACAGAGCGAAAGAAGGCGGUCCUGGGGCUACAGGCCCUGGACCACUACAGAGGGUGAGGAGGCGUCCCAGGCCGCCGGCGGCCCGCAUCGCAGGAGCGUCUGCUCCCUGGGGGCCCGCUCCGGCUCCCAGGCCAGCAUCGCGCCCUGGACCGAGGGCAACUACAAUUACUACAUCGAGGAGGACGAGGACGGGGAGGAGGAGGACGACCUGAAGGACGACCCGGGCGAGGACGAUCGGCAGCCAGAGGCCGCAGCCCCCCAGCUAGACUGCCGCACCGACCUUCCCGGCGUGUCGUCCACGCUGAACGUGAACGUGGGCGGCCAGAGCUACCGCCUGGACUACUGCCAGCUGGCCUGUUACCCCAAGACGCGCCUGGGCCGCCUGGCCACGUCCACCAGCCGCAGCCGCCAGCUGGGCCUGUGCGACGACUACGAGGAACAGACAGACGAGUACUUCUUCGACCGCGACCCGGCCGUCUUCCAGCUGGUCUACAACUUCUACGCGUCCGGGGUGCUGCUGGUGCUGGACGAGCUGUGCCCGCGCUGCUUCCUGGAGGAGCUGGGCUACUGGGGCGUGCGGCUCAAGUACACGCCGCGCUGCUGCCGCAUCUGCUUCGAGGAGCGGCGCGACGAGCUCAGCGAGCAGCUCAAGAUCCAGCGCGAGCUGCGCGCGCAGGCGCAGGCCGAGGAGGCCGAGGAGCUCUUCCGCGACAUGCGCUUCUACGGGCCGCAGCGCCGCCGCCUCUGGAACCUGCUGGAGAAGCCCUUCUCGUCCGUGGCCGCCAAGGCCAUCGGGGUGGCUUCCAGCCUCUUCGUGCUCAUCUCCGUCGUGGCGCUGGCGCUUAACACGGUGGAGGAGAUGCAGCAGCAGGCGGAGCAGGGCGCGGGCGGCGGCGACCCGCGGCCCAUCCUGGAGCACGUGGAGAUGCUGUGCAUCGCCUUCUUCACGCUUGAGUUCCUGCUGCGCCUCGCCUCCACGCCCGACCUGCGGCGCUUCGCGCGCAGCGCUCUCAACAUGGUCGACCUGGUGGCCAUCCUGCCGCUCUACCUGCAGCUGCUGCUCGAGUGCUUCACGGGCGAGGACCAGCGGCACGGCCGGGGCUCGCCGCGGGAGCACGACAUAGAGACGGUGGGCCGCGUCGGCAAGGUGGGCCAGGUGCUGCGUAUCAUGCGCCUCAUGCGCGUCCUGCGCAUCCUCAAGCUGGCGCGCCACUCCACCGGCCUGCGCGCCUUCGGCUUCACGCUGCGCCAGUGCUACCAGCAGGUGGGCUGCCUGCUGCUCUUCAUCACCAUGGGCAUCUUCACCUUCUCGGCGGCCGUCUACUCCGUGGAGCACGACAUGCCUGACACCAACUUCACCAGCAUCCCCCACGCCUGGUGGUGGGCCGCGGUGAGCAUCUCCACUGUGGGCUAUGGAGACAUGUACCCAGAGACCAUCCUGGGCAGGCUUUUUGCCUUCCUCUGCAUCGCUUUUGGAAUUAUCCUCAACGGGAUGCCAAUUUCCAUCCUCUACAACAAAUUCUCGGAUUACUACAGCAAGCUCAAAGCUUAUGAGUAUACUGCCAUGAGAAGGGAAAGGGGAAAGGUAGAGUUCCUGCAAAGAGCCAGAAAGAAGAUGGCGGAGUGUUUGGCUAGAAGCCACCUACAGCCCUCACCAAGGCAAGAGAGUUGAUGUUUUGAAGGACACAUGGCUGAUAGACCCCAUGAAUCCCAAGGUUUCAGUGCUCCUUUGUAUUAGCAGAAUUGACAGCACAAGGACACAGGAAGUAGUCAUACACAAGGGCAUCCAGUUCAGAGUCCUACACCUGAAAAUGUCCAUCUUGGCCCCAACUGGGACUGCCUCCUUUGUUCUUUAACUGUGUUGUGGGAGUCUGACCC